ACCAAGCGUCUUACUUUAGGGUUUUUCAUUUCGUCCAGCUCUGGGAUGGGGGAGCUCCACUGAGGCGCCCGGAUCCGCGCCCGAGGUUAGUAGCUCCGCGCGGCAUUUGCGAGAUCUGGAGAUUGGUAGCUGCAAGAAUUGGCCCGCUGCGUGUGAGAUUUCGAAGCGAUGGCUCCCGGAUUUAGGGGUGGGACGCGAUUCCAGCAGCAUAAUGCGAUGGGGGAUGCGCAUAUCGCGCAUCGAACAGUGUACUGCAAUGAUCCGGAGCAAAAUGCGCCCUUCAAGUUCAAGGGUAACGUGAUAUCAACGACGAAGUAUAAUUUGGUCACUUUUCUGCCCAAGGGCUUGUUUGAACAGUUCCGACGUGUUGCAAACCUCUAUUUUCUUAUGAUCGCCAUCCUUUCAGCAACACCUGUAAGCCCUGUUCAGCCCAUCACGAACAUCGUACCACUGUCGCUAGUGCUUGCAGUAUCUUUGAUCAAGGAGGCUUUCGAGGAUCAGAGACGCUAUCAAAGCGAUAAAAUAGUCAACGCGAGCCCCGUCGAAGUCUGUAGAGGAAACGAGUGGAGGAAUGUUGCGUGGAAAGAUUUGAAUGUAGGAGAUGUUAUCAGGGUUAACCAAGACCAGUACUUUCCAGCAGACUUGCUUUUCCUAGCAAGUACCAAUGCUGAUGGGAUCUGUUACAUCGAGACAUCUAACCUUGAUGGAGAAACUAAUUUGAAGAUUCGCAAAGCACUAGAAAAAACCUGGGAUUACAUGUAUCCCGAUAAGGCGCCAGACUUUAGAGGCGUAAUAGAAUGCGAGCAGCCUAAUAACUCUUUGUACACGUUCACUGGGAAUCUAGUCAUGGGAAAGCAAACACUGCCGUUGUCACCGAACCAGAUUUUGCUGAGGGGUUGUAGCCUGCGGAACACGGAGUGGGUUGUUGGCGUCGUUCUUUUUACUGGUCAUGAGACAAAGGUGAUGAUGAAUGCAAUGGCCGUACCUUCUAAACGCAGUACUCUAGAACGAAGGCUUGACAAGCUGAUUCUCCUUUUAUUCUGUAUAUUGUUUGUCCUAUGUGUGAUUGGCGCCAUUGGAAGUGCAGCUUUUAUCGAUCGCAAGUACUGGUAUCUCAAUCUCAGUAAUGACGUGGAACAGCAAUACAACCCCAGCAACAAAUUUGUGGUUGCGAUUCUUAAUCUGUUCACUUUUGUCACCCUCUAUUCGCCCAUUAUUCCAAUUUCUUUAUAUGUGUCCAUUGAGAUGAUCAAGUUUAUCCAGUCAACACAGUUUAUCAAUAAUGAUCGUAAUAUGUACCAUGCUCCCAGUAAAACAUACGCGAUGGCUCGUACAUCAAACCUUAACGAGGAGCUUGGCCAGAUCGAGUACAUCUUCUCAGAUAAGACUGGUACACUAACAAGAAACUUGAUGGAAUUUUUCAAAUGCUCGAUCGCCGGAGUAAUGUACGGAACAGGAAUAACGGAAAUUCAAAGAGCAGCUGCUCGACGCACUGGGACUACUAUUGAAGAGGUAAAACCUUCCGAAUAUGCCAUCCGAGAGAAGGGGUUCAACUUUGACGAUAGAAGGCUGAUGAAGGGAGCAUGGAAAAACGAAACUCAACCUGAAAUGUGCAUGGAGUUUUUUAGGUGUCUUGCAAUUUGCCAUACGGUGUUGCCUGAAGGGGAUGAGACGCCGGACAAAAUAGUUUAUCAAGCCGCCUCUCCGGACGAGGCUGCUCUUGUGCAAGCUGCUAAAAAUUUUGGCUUUUUCUUUUACCGGAGGUCACCCACAACGAUCAAAGUUCGAGAAUCAUACCUCGAGAAGGCUGGUCGUGUCCAAGACGCUGAAUACGAAAUUUUAAAUGUUUUGGAGUUCAACAGCACAAGGAAACGUCAGUCUGUCAUUUGCCGCUAUCCAAACGGGAGGCUCGUCUUGUACUGCAAGGGAGCCGAUAAUGUUAUUUAUGAGAGGUUGUCCGACAAGAAUACUGAGAUCAAAGAAGUGACGAGAGAACACCUCGAGAAGUUUGGAGCAGAUGGACUUCGAACCUUGUGCUUGGCGUAUCGUGAUCUGGAUCCGCAGCUCUAUGAUGCGUGGAACGAGAAAUUCGUGCAAGCAAAAUCAGCUUUACGAGAUCGAGAAAAGAAGCUCGACGAGGUUGCGGAACAUAUUGAGAAAGAGCUAAUGUUGAUUGGAGCAACAGCCAUUGAAGAUAAGUUGCAGGAAGGAGUCCCAACGUGCAUAGAAACUCUUGCGAGGGCUGGAAUUAAAAUCUGGGUGUUAACCGGGGACAAAAUGGAGACAGCUAUCAAUAUUGCCUACGCUUGCAACCUCGUCAACAACGAAAUGAAGCAGUUUGUUAUUGGUUCUGAAACAAAGGCAAUCCGAGAGGUCGAAGAGAGGGGAGAUCCUGCUGCCACUGCUCGCACAAUCGAGUCUUGGGUGAGAGACCAAUUGUUUUCCUCUUUAACAGAGGCGGAAGACAAUGAACGUGCAAGGACAGGGCUUGAUAUGGCGCUAGUAAUCGACGGUAAAUGCUUAAUGUUUGCGCUGGAUUCUCCGUUACGCGCCACUCUCUUGAAACUGGGAAUUAAGUGCAAGGCUGUUGUGUGCUGUCGAGUUUCUCCAUUGCAGAAAGCUCAAGUAACGAAACUAGUGAAAGACGGAGCCAAGAAAAUAACUUUAAGCAUUGGUGAUGGUGCUAACGACGUGAGCAUGAUUCAAGCUGCUCAUAUCGGGGUUGGAAUCAGUGGGCAGGAAGGAAUGCAAGCAGUGAUGGCAAGCGAUUUUGCUAUAGCACAGUUUCGAUUUCUUACUGAUCUGCUCCUGGUGCAUGGACGGUGGUCAUAUAUUCGGAUAACAAAGGUCGUGAGCUAUUUCUUUUACAAGAAUCUUACGUUCACCUUGACGCAGUUCUGGUUCAAUUGCUACACUGGUUUUUCUGGCCAACGGUUCUACGACGACUGGUUUCAGUCUUUAUACAAUGUGUUGUUCACAGCACUGCCAGUCAUCGUUGUUGGAAUUUUCGACCAGGAUGUCAGUGCGACCAAGUCCAAGCUAAAUCCUCAACUUUAUAUGGCUGGAAUAAGAAAUGCGUAUUUCAGAUGGCGUGUCUUAGCGGUUUGGUUCAUCUCGGGAAUUUACCAGUCCAUCAUUCUCUUCGCUUUCCCCGUUCACGCCGGAAGGAUUGGUCAAAACAGCUCUGGUAUGCUACUUGGCCUGUGGGAUCUAGGCACGAUGGCUUUCACAUGUAUCGUCAUCACGGUUAACUUGCGGCUCCUAAUGGCAUCGACGUACUUGACCAUCUGGCACCAUAUAAGCGUUGGAUGCAGCAUCCUGGCGUGGUUCGUCUUUGUUUUCAUAUACUCGGCUCUUAGAACAAACUGGACUAGUCAGCUAAACAUCCGUUUCGUGAUAUUCGUUCUCAUGGGGACUUUCUACUUUUGGUUCACGUUAGUCUUAGUUCCAGUGGUAGCUUUACUUGGCGAUUUCCUCUACAGCGGACUCAGGCGCUGGUUCGCUCCUUACGACUACGAGAUCAUAGAAGAGGACGAGAAGUAUCACCUGCGAUCCUCCCCGACCUUCUCGUCCGAGGACGCGUACGAGAUGCACCUGCUAGACGGGGAGCAGUCACUGACCGAGGAGGAGCGGCGGACUCUGGCCAUGGCUCAGCUCCCCCGCGAGAGGUCCCGGCACACGGGCUUCUCCUUCGACUCUCCGGGUUUCGACUCCUUCUUUGCGCUGCAAGAGGGCGUGAGCACCCCUCACAGGUCGUGGGACGUGGCCAGGCGAGCCAGCAUGCAUCCUCGGAGAAGGCUGGGAGAUGGCUCCUCAUCGUCGCGUUACAAUGAUACGUAAAAUAGCUAUUGUCUUGGUUUCGCUCACUUGGUUUUGUAGCUCUCUCGUGUAUAGAGAAAACCCCCCAGACGUAGAUAUAUGAGUCCAUUUUUCACGCCAUUGUCUAUAAUUAUUGAAAAAAACGUUUAAUUUAAAUUAAAAACCAACGGUUAGAAACA